CCCAAAGCGAGAGCACGAGAGCAGGAGGGGGAUUUCCAGCUCUGGCCCCCACUUCCCGAAGCGGCCGUUGUUUUGCUUUCGGUCUGAAUGCAGAAACAGAAAUAAACGACGACCACACUUUCCCUUUUCCACUUAAAACCUCGAACACGUUAAUCUGUCCGGUUUUGGCUGCUCUUCUUAUUCCGACAGCGGGACUGUGGAGCCCGAGGCCGUCCAAACCUAACAGACCGCAAUGCCAGUAGAACGAAUGAGGAUGAGACCCUGGUUACAGGAACAAAUCGAAUCCUGUCAGAUUCCAGGGCUGAAAUGGCUUAACAAAGAGAAGAGGAUCUUCCAGAUUCCUUGGAUGCACGCUGCCCGUCAUGGCUGGGACCUGGAGAAAGAUGCUCCGCUCUUCAUGAGAUGGGCCAUACACACGGGUAAAUACCAGCCAGGUGUAGACCGUCCUGAUCCAAAGACAUGGAAGGCUAAUUUUCGCUGUGCCAUGAACAGCCUGCCAGACAUCGAGGAGGUAAAGGACAAAAGCAUCAAAAAGGGAACCAAUGCCUUCAGAGUUUAUAAGAUGCUCUCCUCCUCAGAGAGAAAUGCCAAGAAAGGAAAGAAGAAGGCAGACAAGGAGAGAAAGUCCAAAGGAAAUAAAGAGAAGGUCAGCUCUCCAUCUCCAGACAACAGUCUUCUUGAAGCUGAUGCUGGACCUGUUGACUACACCAAACAUGAAACAAUCAAGAUGGAGUCAGUGGAGCUGACAGUGACAGACAGUGUGUCAGUGAUCCACAGUCAAGCUGAAGACCAUGUGAUCACCAGUGAGCAGCUGCCGUUUGUCUGUCAAACAAUCGAGGUGACCACUGAGAAUGAGGAGCAGACUGUUAGCUCCUCCCACCCGUACCCGCUGCAGAUCUCUCCUGUGUCUAUGUGCGGCGGCAGCGACACAGAAAGUGAUACAGAAAACAUCAAAGAGGGUAUCGGUGCUGCCUGGAGGCGGGACUACAGCACAUCAGUUCUCAGGAUUCCCCCGUGUUCUCUUCCUGGCAUGGCGACGUUUGUCAGUACAACCAAGCCCAACUUCAAGGUGACGAGCACACGAGACCCUUCCCCGCUCAUCAGCUACCACACCGAUGGCUGGACGCCGACGUACAACCAGAACUCUCUCGUGUCCACGCCAGGCACUCACACACAUGAAGUGCGCGCGAGUGUCAUUAUGAAAACCUCUGACAUCACUUCCUCUUGACCUAACACGUGGGAGUAGCAUCACUGCAUCCAGUCCAUAUGAAAGACAGAAAAUGUUUGUUUUCUCCGUCAGAGCCAUGUGGGGCCUAAAAAGGGACAAACCUCCAAAAAUUAGAUUUUUCCUAAUAUCUGUCUGGGCCAACAUUUUCUCUGUUUUCUUUCCUUUCAUUUGAGGAAAUCAUUGACUUGUGCACAAAGUGAUGAGCACUUAAGGUCACUUUCUACUUCCUGCACGUCUUCCUGAUGUAAAAAUUAACUUCAAUGUGUGGAGGACUUGCAGACCUAUGUGCAGUAUCAAAUUUAGGAGCAAGUGCACCGUAGCAUACCACUGCAAAACACCAUGUGCUCAGCCAUGGACACUGUGUGUCGCUGGUUGAUGGUUUUCCCCGCUGCUUCGUGGUAACACUUGAGUAAACGCCAGUGAAGGAAUUUCACUACUUUUACCUUUGAAAGCAAAAUCAGCUUUUACUUCUCAGAAGUUUUUCAAGAUUUUAUUGUGUAUAUGAAUAGGUUUGUUCUUUGUUUAAAGUCCGUUAACUCCAAGAGAGUGGAGCUGGUGUUUGAGGGCAGGAUGCCUGCCAAGCACGAAGCAAAAAGCAAAAAUGGUAAAUAAAUAAAUAAAAAUUAAAAAAGCUAAAAUAUGUAGCCAAAUGGGCGCCAUGCCCAAGUAAAGUCUUUAUGUUUGCAUCAUCUUAUUCAUCCGCUGUGUUGUGAUUUUAAGAUGUGCACAGUUUCCAGUCAACAGUCAUUAUCAUGUCCUUAUCUUACACAGUGUGAGCUCAAGUGUUGCCGUGAAAGGCUCUGCUGGGGACACAUGGUUAGACCACUUGUGUUCAUAAGCAGUGACUCAAAAAUUCUUCUGUUUUGGCGAA